ACAAUUCAUUUCCACAUACAAAUGGAUCCAUCUGAUAUAUUCACUAUUUUCUGUUGGCUGAUUUGUACACUUUUAUUUGGACCCACGUUAUUCUUUCUAUGUAUUUACUUACCUGAAUUACCUGUUAGAUAUAUAAAACGCAUUCGAUCAUAGGUAAACUUUAAACUUUACUCAUGUAAAUUUAGAAAUCUACUUCAUUGUAAGCGCUUAGUUAUUAUACAUACAUAUGUAUUUGUUAUGGUUUAGUAAAUAAGGUUUAAUGUAUUUUUUU